AUGCCUCCGCCGCCGCUCCGCUGGGGCUGGCAGCGGCGAGCACUCCUCUCGCCAUUGCUUUAUCAGCGCCCGAUAUCGCUCACACUCUCGCUCCGUACUAUCCACACACGGCCGUCAUUGCCGCCGACCAGCCCGCGCGCGCCACUCCAUCCACCCCUCCGCCGCCACCUCGUCCCAUCGACCCUCACCGGGGCGCGCACCCUUCGCGCGUCCCCACAACGCUGCGACAUCAUCUUCCUCUCGAUGCCCGCGCUCAAGUCUACGUUACUCGGCGUGACGCGCUUCUCCCUCCUCGCCCUCCCCUUCGUGUGGCGAUACAAGUUGUGGCGCAAGUACAAGCGAACGUCGUGGCUCCUCAUCCAGAUUCCAAUCUUCGCGUUCUGCAUCGUCGUCGCGCUCGGGCUGGACCAGUCACCGCGGACCGGGCGCUGGCGGCUGCUCCUCAUGUCCGAGAAUGAGGAGUUGGCGUGGAGCUACAGGAAGCAUAAGGAGGUGUUGGCACACGAUGGCCCGCUAGUUCUCUCCUCUGACGACCCUCGGAGCCAGCAGGUCGUGCGCGUCGCCACCCGCCUUGUGACUGCGCUCGAGGAACAAAACGAUAAUGUCGUUAGCGGCGCGGCCUGGCCGCCGCGAGAGGACAUUAUGGACGCGAUCUACGACCACGAAGACCGGAUGAGCCGCCGCCGCCCCCGUCUUAUUGAGGUCGAGCCGAGUGCCGUCGCGCACAGUAACUUUGUGCCGUUCCGCCCGCUGUCUAGCAACCCGCUCAAGGGCGAUAACAUCAAGGCGUCAGACUGGGACAUCUACAUCAUCGACCUGCCGCAGCUCAACGCAUUCGCGCUACCCAGCAAGGAGAUCUUCGUGUACACGGGCCUCCUGGACGUCCUCCCGCCGAAUGACGACUCGAUGGUCGCCGCAGUCCUCUCGCACGAGAUCGCGCACGUCGCUGAACGACACAGUGUGGAGAACCUCGGCUUCCUCAAUCUCGCAGCCGUCGUCUUUGACGUCCUCCGCGGCAUUUCGUUCGCGUUCACCAUCUCAUUCCCAGUUGUGACCGACGGCGCAGGCAUGUUCCUCAACUGGCUGAACGACGUGGUGGCGGAACGCGCAUACUCGCGCAAAAUUGAGGAGGAAGCCGACAGCGUCGGGCUCGAGAUCAUGGCGAGGGCGGGAUACCAUCCGCGCGCGAUGCUCGACUUGUGGGAGCUCAUGGCGGCUGUUGAGGCCGACGCCGAGGCGAUGGGCUAUGGCCGCUCGAUCGAGACUCGCUUCCAGCUGCUCCGCACACAUCCCACCUCAGAGGCCCGGCAGGAGGCGAUCGCGAGCCAACUACCUAAGGCCAUGGGGCUGUGGCAGGCGGCGCGGGCGCCGCAGCGCGCCACGAUCGAGAAGAUCAUCGCGGAGCAGAAGGCCAGGAACGCGGCACCACACCACCUCGCGUCCGACGAGGUUCUCAUCGGCGCGGUCGUCGCCAAAAUUCAGCCACGGGUCGAGUUUGUCGUCGCGCCAGAGCUGCCGGAGCCGGAACCCGAACCUGAACUCGAACCCGAACGCGAGGUGUAA